GCUAGAAGACGAGGAUGUGGAGCAGGUGUACAACAUCCUGCAGUGGUACGGCACCGUGGUGAUUGACAUGCGGGAGGGGGACGUGGAACGUCUGGCCGAAAGCUGGGUGUGCCCGGACAUAGCGGCGUUGGCCAAACUGACUUUCCGUGAUGAUGCUCUGGUCAUGGGGUUCCUUCCAGCAGAAGCUGAGGCGGUCCUGCAGGGUCGUGUUCGGAGGUGUGUCUACACCGUCGGAUCGGCCGUGGUGGAGCCCUUGCUACGUUCCUUCAAAGUCUUGAGCGCUCCGCCCGUGCAGAAACGCCCCGUUCUGCCAAAUGUGAUUGGUGCGAGGCUGGUGGUUGGUCAUCAGGGGCAUGCAGCAAAGCUGGAUGAGUGGUCCAAGCAUCUGGACAUCAUCGGCGUGAUCAACCUUGCACCGAACGUCGUACCCAGCAAACUUGAUGCCAUUCCGGACAGGGCAUUCUAUCACGAAGUGUGGCACUCCGAUGCCAUGCCCUUGUGGGACACGGCUGAUGACGGCCGCCGGCUCUGUGACGUGCUGCCAGAGACACUCGCAGUGAUCGACAGGGCUCUCGGGGCCAAUCCAUCAGGUCGAGUCUUCAUCCACUGCCAGCAAGGUAGGUCUCGGGCUGCAUCGAUUGCAGCAGCGCAUCUUCUGACUCAGAAUUCCAGCUGGAACCUCUUUGAUGCCGUGUCUCUUGUGGCAUUGAGAAGACCAGAGACGGAGAUCAACCUGUCCUAUGCAGAGUCUCUGGAGGAAUUCGCACUGUCUUUGGGAAGGGAGCCGGCACUUGACCAAGUUCGACGAGAGCUUCCGCGGCAUCUCUAG